AUGUAUCCAUUAUUUGAGGACGUUACAAAACGAUCCGACGAGACAGUUACACUAAAACUUGUCGCAUGGAACGUGAAUGGUGUUCGUGCGAUAUUGAAACGAGACAAUAGUGUCCAUCUUCGUGCCUAUGUGGCUCAAGAAGAUCCGGAUAUUUUUUGUCUCAGUGAAACAAAAAUCUGCUGUGAGGAGCUCCAGAAACUCGAGGAUUUUUUACCGCAGUAUAAACAUCAAUUUUGGUCCUGUGGUGUCAAGAAAGGAUAUGCUAGUACAGCUAUUUUUAGUAAAGAUAAACCACUGAGUAUUCGUGAUGAAAUUAUGCUGGGAGAUCAUCAAUCGAAAGGAAUGAACAAGGAGAUAAAGGAGACAAGAACGACGGAUCAAGAAGGACGUUUUCUUGCACUGGAAUUUGAAAAGUUCUGGCUCAUUCAUACCUAUGUUCCUAAUGCUGGUGGAAAAUUAGAGCGGUUGGAUUUUCGUACGAAUCAAUGGGAUAAAGCAAUGCUACGUGAGAUGAAAGAGAUGGAAAAUUCAAAGCCUGUGAUUUGGUGUGGGGACCUGAAUGUUGCACAUGAAGAGAUUGAUAUUCAUAAUCCCAAGGGUAAUCUCAAAAGUGCUGGAUUUACACAAGAAGAGAGAAAAAGUUUUAGUGAAAUUUUGGACGCUGGAUUUGUAGAUACGUUUCGCUACUUGUAUCCGGACAAGGUCGAGUACUCGUAUUUUGGAUACCGACACAAUAUGCGAGCAAAGAAAAAAGGAUGGCGACUUGACUAUUUUGUCGUGUCAAAGGCGUUGAUGCCACAUGUGCGAUCGUCAUUUAUCCGGCAAAGUGUUACUGGCAGCGAUCAUUUGCCUAUUGGACUGGAGCUUGGAGAGCUGUGA